GAUCAAUUCAUAAUGCCUGUUAAUAGAGGCAGUUCCCCGCCACAAGAAAUGGUGGAUACACGGAGGAACCUGCUGCUGUUCUUCGAGCGUCCCACGGAGCCGUGCUUCAUGAAGAAAGGGGAAGACAAUGCCGUCUUCGAGAUACCUGAACAUUAUUACCCUGAAAAAUACAAAGAAUUAGCAAAUAACCCAAUAAGCAUGCUCUCGGACCGCCUCGGCGAGGAGCCGGCCCGGAUGAUCCCCGUCCGGAACAUCGAGAUACCUGACCUCUCGCUGCCGAUGGAGCUGCCCUUCAACGAACAGUUCUCGGUCUUCAUACCGAAACAUCAGCUGAUGGCUACCAGGCUUAUUGAUGUGUUUAUGGGAAUGAAAGAUUUGGAAGAUUUGCAGUCGAUAUGCGCAUACUGUCAGCUGCGCAUCAACCCUUACAUGUUCAACUACUGCCUCUCUGUAGCCAUCCUGCACAGGCCCGACACUAAAGGUAUGGAUAUCCCGACGUUUGUGGAGACAUUCCCGGACAUGUUCAUGGACCCCAAGGUGUUCCGGAAGGCGCGGGAAAUCAGCAAUGUGCUUGGACCCGGGGAAAGGAUGCCUCUGACGAUCCCGGUGAACUUCACAGCGUCUGAUGAAGAGCCGGAGCAGCGCGUGGCUUACUUCCGCGAGGACAUCGGUGUGAACCUCCACCACCGGCACUGGCACCUCGUGUACCCCUUCGAUGCUGGAGACAUUGCCAUUGUGGAUAAAGACAGGAGAGGAGAGCUAUUCUAUUACAUGCAUCAGCAGGUCAUUGCUAGGUUCGACAUAGAGCGUCUAUGUAACGACCUGCCUCGAGUGAAGCGCUACUUCGACUUCAAGGAGCCCGUCGAAGAAGCCUACUUCCCGAAGUUGGACUCGAUGGUAGCUGGGAGGACUUGGCCUUACAGACACGCGGGCACGAUGCUCCGCGACCUGGACCGCCCACUGGAACUGAUCAAACUGGAGAUCUCCGACCUGGAGCGCUGGAGAGAGCGCUUCAUACACGCUGUCGAGAGCUCAUCCGUUAUGUUGCCAAACGGUGUCACGAUUCCACUGGACGAGGAGACCGGCAUCGACAUCCUCGGUAACAUCAUGGAGUCGUCCGCCAUCAGCGUGAACCGCAGCUACUACGGGAACUUCCACAAUAUGGGACACGUGUUCAUCUCCUACUCACACGACCCCGAUCAUCAUCACUUGGAGCCGUUCUCUGUGAUGGCUGACUCGGCGGUCGCUAUGCGAGACCCUACAUUCUACCGCUGGCAUUCCUACAUCGACGACCUGUUCCAGCUUUAUAAAUAUAAUCUACCACCCUACGGAGAUAAGUUGAUCUUCCCUGGAAUCCAAGUUUCCAGUUUGAAAGUUGAGGGUCCAGCUGGCGAUAACACACUAAGCACGUUCUGGGAGCUGAGUACGUUGGACCUCGCGCGGGGGAUGGACUUCACUCCCAGAGGAGCCGUGUUCGCCAGGUUCACACAUUUGCAGCAUGAAGAGUUCACAUAUGUAAUCGAGGUCAAUAACACUACAGAUAAAAGUGUGAUGGGAACAGUGCGCCUGUUCAUGGCUCCGCGAGACGACGAGGAGGGGAACCCGCUGCCCUUCGACGAGCAGAGGCGGCAUAUGAUAGAGCUGGAUAAGUUUACUGCGCCCUUGAGUCCCGGCAAAAAUACAGUCCGACAGCGUAGCGUGGACUCCUCCGUCACUAUACCAUAUGAGAGAACCUUCGGCGACCAGAGAGAGCGUCCCGGUGAUCCGGGCACGCCUGAAUCAGCUGGCUUCGACUUCUGCGGCUGCGGCUGGCCUCAUCACCUGCUCAUCCCUAAGGGCACUAAAGAGGGAUACCCCGUCAUAUUGUUCGUCAUGAUUUCCAAUUGGGAUGACGAUAAAGUGGAACAAGACCUGGUAGGGUCAUGUAACGACGCCGCCUCGUACUGCGGCAUCCGCGACCGCAAGUACCCGGACCGGCGCGCGAUGGGCUUCCCCUUCGACCGCGCGGCGCCCGGCACGGCCGCGCUCGCGCACUUCCUCUCACACAACAUGGCCGUGCGGGAGCUCUCUAUACGGUUCACAGACACCACUAAACUACACGCGAAGACCAGGCGAUAGGAUGGGAUACCUACAGAUAAAUGUUACAUACGAAAGAGUAUUUUGAGGAACAUUUUUGCGCAGGGAAUAUAUUAUUUUAUAUCAGCCAAAGCAUAUUUCUAGUUUGCACACUGUUCAAAUAAUUAUAAGACAGUGGUUAUUCGUACAUGAAGUUAUGUG